AUGCCUUAUAAAGGAGCACAAAGCUUUGCACCGAGUUUCAGUUGCGUGUGGCUUGCCUCUCUGAAUUGGGUUUUAGGCAGCCAUGACAGAUGUUACACGUGUCUCCCAGAGAACCCAUUUUGCCAUUGCCCUUUCUUGCUUCUGGUCUCUUCAUCCAUCACUCCCUGUCUUGGAUUUUCUGGUGUUAGAGAAGAAGAUGAGAGAAACAGAGGAGGGGAUUUGUAUCAGGAAAUAUUGAGAGAUGAAGCUGUGGCAAGACUUCAUCAGCUUGGAAAGGUAAGUGAUGGUGAUGGUUAUCUUGAGAGGAUAUUCAUGAGCCCAGCAGCUGUGAGGGCUGGAAAUCUUAUCCGCGAAUGGAUAGAGGAUGCUGGUUUGAGAACGUGAGCUUCAAUCCUAGUUUGUUUGCAUCCAAACAGUAGUGUUUGAGGAAUUCUUGGCUCAUGUUUGGUCUUGAUAUCCAGGUGGGUUCAUUUCUUGGGAAAUGUACAUGGUCGAGUUGAGGGCACAAAUGCUAGUGCUGAGGUUCUAAUACUUGGUUCUCAUUUGGAUACUGUUGUUGAUGAAGGGAUAUUUGAUAGGUCUUUAGGCAUCAUUUCUGUGGUAUCUGCAUUGAAGAUUUGAGUAUCGAUG